AAAUAAACAAUACAUUAAAGCCCCCAAAAACACACGCUCAAUCACACAUCCGCACAGAUGAGACAUGCUAGUAGUGCAAAUGAUAAUAAUCAUAAACAGCAGCAGCGGACGCAGCAACACACUAAAACAAUAGUAGUGAAACAACAGUUGAACGAUUGCGAGCAACAACAGUUUUUCAACUCGAGCGCAAUUUGUACUAAACAGCAGCAAGAGCAGCAACAGCAGCAGAAGCUGCAGUAGCAUCAGCGGUCGCACCGGCAUACACAUCAGCAUGGCGAGGAAUCAUUGCCUCUCAUUGGAGCUUGCAUUGCUCGGGCUUUGUUUAAUAUGUCAUCAAGCGGUCAUUGAUGCCCAUGUUCUCGUUUACAGACGCACUACCUCACAGCUGAUUGAGGAGUUCAACGAUUUGCCAGCAUCAUUCGGACCCCCUAUUGUGGACAAUAAUCUUCGGGUAUUUGUGGUGCCACAUGAUCCCAGCGAUCCGUAUGGUUGUAAUAAUUUCAGCUGUCCACCGCGCUCCUCCUAUCCAAAGAACGCCAAGUUUGUGGCGAUCAUCUCGCGCGGAGGUAACUGCACAUUUGAACGCAAGGUGCGCGUAGCUCAGGAGAGAUCGUAUUCCGCUGUAGUCAUCUACAACAAUGAAGGCGAUGAACUGGAACAAAUGACCGCCAACAACAAAUCAGGCAUAAAUAUACCCUCCGUUUUUGUGGGCAUUACGACCGGCAAAACACUAUUGUCUUUCUUCACACCAGAAGUGGUGCUGAUUAUCAACGAUGAGCUGCCCUUUAAUAUCAACACACAACUGAUAUUGCCUUUUUCCAUACUGAUUGCAUUAUGUUUUCUUAUUUUGAUUGUUUACAUGAUAUAUAAAUGCAUACAGGAGCAGCGCCGUUUGCGUCGAAAUAGGCUACCCAAGAGGACGCUUAAUAAGAUACCAGUGCUGCGAUAUGCAAAGAAUGAUGCCUCCAUUAAGUACGAGACCUGCGUUAUUUGUCUGGAAGACUUUGUUGAGGACGACAAGCUUCGCGUGCUGCCCUGCUCACAUCCUUAUCACACCCACUGUAUUGAUCCUUGGCUAACUCAGAACCGUCGCGUCUGCCCCAUAUGUAAACGGAAGGUUUUUCCGAAGGGUGGAUACGUGAGAGCACGUGCGAGUCGGAAUCCACGGCCUUCCUUAGAUAGCAUCACCGACACUGAUGAUGAUACCACACCGUUGUUGCAGGCGCAACCUCAGUCAGUAUCUGCUGCAGGUUCGGCGGGCAGUGGCAGUAACAGCGCCAGCAUCAAUUCUGCACCAUUAGCAGAAAACACCACAAGACAUGGGACAUUUAGACGUGGCGAUGCAGCACGUACUCUCAACGCAGAACAGGAGAAUCAAAGCUCUGACGAUGAGAAUCCGCUACUGCAUUCCACAGGGGCUCAGGCUAGUACAUCAUCAUCUGUUCAACGACGCGUCAAUCCCUUCGAUCGGGCAAUAAAUUUGCCAGCACAUUUGGCAAAUCAGCUGAAUCAGCCAAGGCCCUCACUUUGGUCGCGUAUUAACUUUAGCUCCCUAUUUCGCCGCGAGUCCACAGGUAUUAGUGUUGCAGCGCCAGCUUAUCUCGAUCAUGUUGAGGCCGGUACAAGUGAGGCAGCUAUUCGAGAUACAACAGAGACAGCCCAAAUUACCGUUAUCUCCAAUCCUACAUCGAACAACAUACUAAAUCCGAAUUUAAGCGGCUCUUUCAAAGAUGAUGACGAUAUGCCACCGCAUCGUUCAAUUUACGAACCUAUCGCAAUUAGUGCGCCCACAACAGAGCAAGGUGUCUCUACUGGUGCGGCCGGCGUUGCCGACUCGGAAUUUCUACAGACGCCCACCCAGGGUGGCAUUGGCGUUGCCGCGCUACCACAUAGCGGCACAGAUCGCCAAUUUCUAAUAUGAGUAGAGGCGAACAAGAAAGUAUAGUAAUUUUCUAGGACAUAGUUCACACCAAGCAGGCAAUACGACUAAAAGAAAUCCCAUUAUUGGGAGUAGUACAGUAAAAGUCACUUGUAAGCGGCAAAGUUGUGGCUGCCAACUGCUUUGUUUUAAACAAUUAACAAAUGUUUACCCUCAAUACACAUACUAUGUAAUUGUAAUUGUAUUUGUAAUCAUCAUUGUCAUGAAUCAUGGAUCAUGGAUGAUUAUGGUUUGCAUCGCAGAACACAUUACAUUCACACAUACAAACACAUAUACAACAAACAAACAUAAAUAUGCGUAUACAAAUUGUGAUUUAUUUUAUAUACCUUAUAUAUUAUUAACAUUAUUGGCUUGUAUAACUAAAGUCGAAACACAAAAAAACUAAAA